AUGGGCGCAGACCAGAAGCCCUUCUCAGAAGGGCCAGCGCAACAAGAGCCUUCCAGUGGCAAGGCCCCCAGAAGCUGGGUGCCCCGCGCAUGCGACCGCUGUCGUAAACGCAAGGCUCGAUGUGACCAACAAGUACCGUGUCGCAACUGCGCCGAGGCCAGUGUGACCUGUACCCACGACGCGCCAGUCCUCAAGCGUGGUCCUAGACCAAAGCCACGCAACCGUGACGUCGAGAGUCGUCUGCGCAACCUCGAAAGCCUGCUGGCCAGCAUCUCCAAUGGCGGAUCGUCGGCUGCGAUUUCCUUGUCGCGUCGCGAGCUCGACCAGAUCCGCGUUGCAGCUCACAUUACGCCUGGCCCAGACACCUCACCUUCCUCGGACGAGACUAGACCCACAUCUGCCUCGGCGCAGCAGACUUGGGCUGCUGGCCAGACGCCAGCCGUGGAUGCUGUGGGAACUCCGGGCUCGGUCGUCGCCGCGACGCCGUCCACUGUUCCGGCUCCCCUUGCAGCAGCUUCUCAACCCGACGUGGACAACUAUGUCCCGUCCAUCGUCUUUGACCCCUUUGGCGUCCCCACACCUUCGCAAUCCCUCCCAGACAUGAGCGCCAACCCCCAGCUGCAGCAGACCAUGUACGACCCCGCGGCGGCUGUCCCGGCCUACAACCCCUCGGGCGGCGUGAGAAGCCCCGUCGCGAGCAAGGGCCAGGACCUGCUCUACCGCGACGCCGAGGGCCAGACCAAGUGGCUCGGUCCGUCCAGCGGCAUGCCGUUGCUUGACCGCCUCAAGGUCAAUGGCCAGCAGCAGUGGAACCCUCCUCUGGACGACAAUGGCAACGCCUUGACCGACGAGUGGAUGUCCUUGUCCAACGCCAUUGGUGUCGACGUUGAGCACACGACGCUAGAGGAGUUUGCCACCUCGGGUGGCCCUCCCACGGCUGCGGUGUCUCCCUCGAGCUCGAACGACGACUUUUUGUGGGAGCGCGUCACCAACGUUAUCCCUCCAGACCUCAUCGACGCGCUCGUCAGGUCGUACUUUACCAUCAGUCACCUUUUGUGGCCGAUUCUCCACGCGCCGACGUUUAUGCAGUCGUACGUGUCGGCGGACCACCGCAAGAACCCCUCUUUCGUCUCCCUCGUCCUCUCCAUCUGCUCCUUGUCGUCCCGCUACACCCCGGACGCGCGUCUGCGCGCCACGACGGCGACUGGCAACAUUCUCGCCCUGGACCUCAUUGCUCUCGCCAAGGAGGUCAUUUCGUCGACUGCCGCCGAGCGCUCCGACCUCUACCUCGUACAGGCGCUCUUCAACCUCGCAGUUGUGCAGGAGGGUACAGCCAGGACGAACCAGCUCUGGUGGUACCUCAGCCAGGCCGUCAGCAUUGCCAUGGACAUGGGUCUCCACCGCCGCAAGGACGAGUACCACUUCACCGCUGUCGACUUGGAAGAGCAGAAGCGCACGCUCUGGGCGCUGUACUGCCAGACCGUGCAGGCGAGCUGCACGUACGGUCGUCCUUCCAUGCUCCGCCUCCAGGACAUUGAGCUGGACGAGCCGGCAGCUGUUGACGACGUCUACAUCUCCGUGGACAGGGGCAUUGGCACCCAGCCUCCAGACCGCCCCUCAGUCAUGGCCGGCUUUGUCGCUGGUGUCCGCCUCCACAUGAUCCUUGAGAGGACGAUCCGGCGCGUCAACCACGUUGUGCGCGAAGCCGACGAGACCAACCCCUCGUUCAUCGACCUCGUGUCGUCGGUUUCGCCUCGCACGUUCCGUGUCGAGGACGAGCUCGAGCUCCUCCCUCACAUCACCGAUGGCCUCGUUGGCGACUGGUCCUUCUCACCCUCGACCGUGUCCGACUCGGACAGCGUCCGCUUCUUCCAGCGCACCCGUGUCUUCACUCUGCAGCAGUUUGUCCGCCUCCUCUCCGCGCGCCAGCGCUUCACCGAGAUGCUCGGCUCGGACGCUUCCAGCGGCAACGCCGAGGAGCAGCCCCUGCUGCAGCAAAUCACCCAGUCGGCCCUGGGCAUUAUCGGCACGUACUCGAUCAUCGACACCCAGGCGCGUCUCGACUACUUUGGCGCCCACGCCAUCUCGCAGCUCACCCAGGCUGGCGCAGGGCUCAUCGGCGUCAUCCUGCACGUCCGGUCGGCCACGUUGCCGGGCAGCGACAGCGUGCUCCAGGUCGCGCUGCAGGGUCUUUGCGCGAGCAUCCUCGUGCUCAGGAAACUUGGCCAGCGGCGCCCAGCGGGAAACCGUUCUGCCGAGCUUCUCCUCGAAUUCGCCCGUGCCUGCCGUAUUGCCAUCCCCGGCCUGCCCGGAGACGCACCAACGCCCAGCAACGUCGAGGUGCCAAUGCUGCGUGCGCUGCCGCGCCGGUCCAACUCGACCACUGGACCGCGUCCCGACCAGUCGCUCAGCCAGGCCCAGUUUGACGAGUGGCUCGGCAUCGCCCUGCAAGGUACUGGCGACGUGUGGAUGGGUCCGCCAGACCAGGCGUCCUUCACUCCCGACCCGGGAGCGGGCUACGUGCAGGUGUAG